AUGCCGCGCAAGCUCGUGUUUGGAUUUUACUCUUCAUGGGCGCGAUAUCGCAAUGGUAGAGGUAAGUGUAUGGUGAGUGAUAUUAAUCCACACCUAUGCACCCACCUUAUAUACGCGUUUGGACAGCUGGAACAUGGUUCCGGGAUUGGAUCGGUUGCGCGUCCGGAUGAAAGCGAACGGGAUACGAUGCUUCAAUUCAACGAUUUGCGCAACCAAAAUCGCAAUCUGAAAACACUAAUAUCUUUCGGCGGUGCACAUGAUGGAGGUCCAACCUUUUCCAGUAUAGCCGCUAGCUCGCAGCUGAGAUCUACUUUUGCUAGAAAUGUGCGCAUAUUUUGUGCCACCUAUGGUUUUAAUGGAGUCGACAUCGAUUGGGAGUUUCCAUUGUCCUACGAUCUUAAAAACUUUGUACAGCUGCUGUCCACGCUAUCGUCCGAGCUGCACGGUCACGGACUGUUGUUAACCGCUUCCGUUGGAGUGAACCGUGAGUAUGAGGUAGCCGGUAUCGCCCGUCAUGUGGACUACAUCCUUCUGAUGACUUACGAUUACAAUGGUUCGUGGGAUAGCUCUACGGGCCAUAAUGCACCGCUCUCCUGGGGACAGGUAGAAUCGGAAUACCAGAGAAAACUGAACGUUAAGGAAAGUGUCAAAUAUUGGGUUCGAGGCGGUGCUCCACGGUCAAAGCUAAUCGUCGGAUUAGCUGCGUAUGGACGUACGUUUACCCUAUCCUACAGCGGUAGUCGAGGAACGCGAGCUGAUGCUAGAGGUGCAGGUCGGGAAGGACCUUACACAAAGGAAGCCGGGAUAUUAGCGUACUACGAAGUGAAAGACGCCUUUGGCUCGGAUCGCAUUUGGGAUAGUGAACAGUGCGUACCUUACGCGCUGUCUGGCGAUCAAUGGGUAAGCUACGAUGACCCGCAGAGCAUUCGACUGAAAUGUGAAUACAUUCAAAGCGAAGGUCUCGGUGGCGCAAUGAUGUGGUCCAUUGAUCAGGACGAGUUUCAGAAGGGAUUCACACUGCUGCAAACAGUUGCUGAUUGUUUGUAG